AUAGCCUCAGUUAAACCUUUGCUUCGAAUGUGUCGUGUGCCUAGUCCGGCUUUUGAAAAUAUAGAAAAAAACACAAUUUUUCUUUAUAAAAAUUAUUUGUCGUGUUUCGUGUCUUUUGUUUAAUGUUUGUGAAUUGAGUUGUAGGAUAGCGAUUAAAGCGAUUUAUUUCCGAAUGCACACCGCUUAACGAAAGACAUUCCCAGUAGUAAUCCUAUUUCGGUGGACCACGAAAUUCACAGUCGUAACUAAAUUUGGUCCGAGCAGGCUAUAAAGAAAGUCACCCGCAAUGAACAAGCUGCGAAAUGUUCUGAAAUCUGUGGCCCAGCACUCCAGGAGUCUGCCCCAGCUGACCCAAAUUCGUAAUGCCUGCGGCCCGGAAUCGAAGAGCGCCAAGGGCCUGGUGAUCGGUGUUUAUCAGAAGGAGGGCGACAAUGAUCCCAAGCUGACGCCCGCUGGCGAGAAGGUCAACGAUCGUCUGCAGGGCAAGCUGCAGGAGCUGAUCUGCGAGACCAAGAUCACUGGUCGCCUGGGCAGGGGCAAGGUCUUCAACAACAUAGAUCCCGAAUUUCGCAGUGUGGCAGUGGUUGGCGUCGGUCUCGAAGGCAUUGGCUUCAACGAACUGGAAAUGCUCGACGAGGGCAUGGAGAAUGUGCGUGUGGCGGCCGGUAUAGGAGCCCGUUCGCUUCAGGAGAUCGAGGUGACGGAGGUCUUUGUGGAUGGCAUGGACUAUGCCGAACAGGCGGCCGAGGGUGCCGUCCUGGCCAUUUGGCGGUACUGCGAUCAGAACUCCAAGAGGAAGCCACCCCAUAUUCCCAAGCUGGAGCUGUACGAGUCGCCCGACUAUGAUAGCUGGACCCGGGGCGUCUUCAAGGCGGAGGCCCAGAACUUGGCCCGCAGGAUGUGCGAUACUCCAGCCUGCUGUAUGACACCCACGCUCUUUGCCCAGGCCACCGUGGAUGCCCUGUGCCCCUGCGGCAUCACCGUGGAGAUCCGCACCAUGGAGUGGAUCGAACAGCAGCGCCUGCACUCGUUCCUCAUGAUCGCCAAGGGCAGCUGUGAGCCGCCCGUCCUGAUGGAGAUCACCUAUUGUGGCACCAAUCCGGAGGAUAAACCCAUCUUGUUCCUGGGCAAGGGCAUUACCUUUAACUCUGGAGCCAUCAAUCUGAGGCAGUGCAGGGGCAUGGAGGAGUACAGGGCCUGUAUGUCGGGAGCGGCUUCCUGUGUGGCCAUGAUGCGAUGUUGUGCGGCUUUGUCUCUGCCCAUCAAUGUGUGUUGCAUCAUCCCGCUCUGCGAGAAUAUGCCCUCGGGAAUGGCCUGCAAGCCAGGCGAUGUGGUCACCCUGAUGAAUCACAAAUCCCUGGCCGUGCGAGAUCUGGACAAGGCUGGAGUGGUCGUGAUGGCGGAUCCCAUGCUCUACGGCCAGAGCACCUAUAAGCCCCGACUGGUGGUGGAUGUGGCCACCUUGGGAACGGGCGUAAAGAAGGCCUUUGGCGGCGGUGCCACUGGCAUAUUCUCCAACUCUCACUACAUCUGGAAGCAGUUCCAGUCCGCGGGAGCCCUCACCGGCGAUCGGGUGUGGCGUCUGCCGCUGUGGAACUAUUAUAAGAAGCAGAUCACCGAUGAGAUGGGCUAUGACAUGAGCAAUAAUGGCCGGGGACUGGCCAGUUCCUGCCUGGCGGCCGCUGUCCUCCACGAACUGGUUCCCUGCGUGGAUUGGGCGCAUCUGGACACCCGGGGCACUGGCAUGCUGACAAAGCAUGGACUGGUACCGUAUCUCACCCGCAAGUACAUGACUGGCAGGCCCACUCGCACCCUGGUGCAGUUCCUCUACCAAAUGGCCUGUCCGGCUAACCAAAAAUGAGGGAAUAUCUGAAGUGAGUCCGAGGAAUCUGCAGAGAAUGAAAUCGUAUGAGAAGCAGAAGUCCCCUUUGUCAGUGUAUAGUGGGUGUGGAGCCCACUCCUGUGUAUAGCGUUUUGUAGCCGUCUUGUGGAGUGAUUAGUAUUCCUGUCCAGUGUCCAAAGUUAUACCAAAAUUGUGUGUGAAAUGUGUGUCAAGAAUAUAACAGCUUUUACAAAUGUAAAUAA